AUGACCAAUUCAACUUCUGAAAACACGACAGUACAAGUGGCUCUUCGUAUAAGACCUCUCACACAGGAAGAUUUAAUUACUUUGCCUUCAAGAUUUCAGAGAAAUGUCAUAUCUACUUCUCCAUUUACACCAAAUCAAGUUAUUGUCCAUGGGGAUAAGAAACAAUCAUUCAGCUUCGAUCAUGUAUUUGGACCUGAAUCGCUGCAGAAGGAAAUUUACGAUAGGGCCAUUAGAAAUAUGGUGGAUAAAUUCUUGGAAGGUUUCAACGUAACUAUUCUUGCUUAUGGUCAAACUUCAUCGGGUAAAACGCAUACAAUGGGGACAGCCGAUAAUGUCGCUUCGGAUCAAGAGUCACGUGGUAUAAUUCCACGUGCUCUCUACACACUUUUCUCUUAUAUAAAUUCUACUCAGUUUAAAUCCCGUAAAAUUACAAUAAAAGUAUCGUUUAUCGAAAUCUAUAAUGAGGAUUUGAUCGAUUUGUUAGCCGAAGGUGAUGAUGAGAACAAACCACAAGUAAUGAUCCGAGAAGAUUCAAAGGGUAAUAUAAUCUGGAGUGGUUUACAAGAAAUAAAAGUAAAUAGUGUGGAAGAGGUUAUGGGACAUUUGGCACGUGGAUCAUUAAACAGACAAGUUGGUGCAACCGAUAUGAACUCACAAUCUUCACGAUCACACGCGAUCUUCUCUGUAACCCUGUGUCAGCAAAAACAAAUGUCUUCAAAUGGUAUUACAAGUUCAACACCUAAUUCCCCAACCACCCGUCCAUCGACGCCAACAAGAAUUAGUUCAACGCCAUCAAGGGCCGGUUCUAGGCUAAGUAAAAUGAUUGAUGAUGGUGAUUGGGUCUGUGUUACGAGUAAAUUUAAUUUCGUGGAUUUGGCCGGUAGUGAAAGGCUUAAACGUACCGCUGCUUCAGGAGAUCGAGCAAAGGAGGGAAUCUCUAUUAAUUCCGGUCUUCUCGCAUUAGGAAAUGUAAUUUCUUCCUUAGGUGAUCCAUCAAAAGCGAAGAAUACGACUCAUAUUCCUUAUCGUGAUUCUAAACUCACUAGGUUAUUACAAGACUCUCUUGGUGGGAACGCUCAAACAUUAAUGAUAGCGUGUGUUUCACCGGCAGAGUAUAAUAUAAGUGAAACAAUUAACACACUAAAGUACGCUAACAGAGCUCGUAAUAUUAAGAAUUCCGCUACUGUGAACCAAGAAGAAGCAGGGUGGUAUGAUUUAGAACAUUUACAACAUCUUGUCUUAAAGUUAAGGGCCGAAAUUAAAGCUUUAAGGCUGGCGACCGGAAUUAACGCUUCUAGUCCCGCUACUCCGAUAUCAGGAAGAAAUACACCUACACUUCCACCUAAUGGUAUUGAUUCGUUCAGUCACGGACGAAGACCUUCAUCACCACUUAGCAUAAUAACUAAUAUCCCAAAUGUGUAUUCAUCAAGUAGGAAUAAAGAUAUCGAAGGUCUUGAAGAUCAAUUAAAAGAGUUGCAGCGUUCUUAUAUUGAACUUACUCAAAAGUAUGCAAAAACUUCGGCUGAACUUACGCAAUAUCAAGACAAUUUUGAUAAUAUAAAAGCUGAUGAUAAAAAUAAUAUUUUUAAUUUUAACGCUGAAACAUUUCAGAAGACUGUUGAACCUGUAAUUGCCGAAUAUGAGAAAUCUAUCUCUGAUCUUGAACAACAACUUUCUUAUACACGUUCCUGUUUAAAUAAGUCGGAAAAAAUGAUGCAUGAACAUGAGUUGAAACUUUAUGAAGCUGAAGAGUUAAAUGGACAAAACAAAAGUUUGGUUAAUGAUCUCAAGAAUAAAGUUGCAAGACUUAAUGAACGUGAGGAAACAACAGAGAAUUAUAUUAAAGAUCUCGAGAUUAAAAUUGAUGCUCAUUCUAGUGAACAGAAGAAAGAUCAAUUAUUGAUUAAUGAACUCCGAAAUAAGAUUGCUCAACUUCGUUCAACUGAAGAGAAUAGUGAAAAUGUUAUUCAGAAACUCGAAAUGCGAUUGUCCAAAAGUGAAGGCAGAGUUUCAUCCAUGAAUGAAGCUUCACAACGAUUGGAAAAAGCUUUAUGUGAACAAGAGGAAGCUUAUAAAAAAUUAGAAUCUAAAUAUCAAAAGGAGAGAAGUAAUGAUGAUGAAUAUACAAACUUAUUAUUGGCAGAAAUUGAAGAUCGUGAUAGUAGAAUUGCCGAACUUGAGAAGAAAGUUGAUGUAUUAAUUACCGAAAUUUCUCAAUUGAAACAAUUAAAAGUUGACACAAAAAUUCCAUGUAAGAAGCAUCAUAGGUCUUCAUCAACCUCUUCAUCAGCUUCCGAUGAAGUUGAUACACCUUCUUCAACCCCACCUAGCUCUACAACCCCAAUGCCUACUUUAGAUUAUUCCACAAUAUCGAAUUUGGAAGAUAAAUUAUAUGAUUUGCAAAAAAAUCAUGAAAAAACUAUCAUAGAAUUUGAUGACAUUAAAGAAAAGUAUAAAUUAUGUCUUGAAGAAAUAACUAAUCUUCAUACGCAACUUUCAGGAACUAAGGUUUUACAAUUGGAAGUUGUUGAUAUUGAUAAGUUGGCGCAGAAUGAUACUUCAAAUGAAAUGUUUAACGAUCCUAAUGCCUUAUCUCCAUUCUCUCAUGGAUCUCAUCGUAAAGCAAGAUCACUUUCUGCUGAAAUUCAAGGAGCAGAAAAGAAGGAACUUUCUAGUUUGGCAAUGGUUCAAAAAUUGCAAAUUGAACUUAAACAAUUAGAGUCACUUCAUGAUGAUAAAGCAGCGGGCUUGGACGCUGUCAAACAAGAAUUUGCUCGCUUGGAGAUUAACCAUCUUGAAACUCUUGAAAUUGUUGAAGAAUUACGCGAGGAAAUCAAAAGAAGAGACGCACUUGCUCAUAUUGAAGUCAUGUCUGUAAUGACCGCAUCAGAGUAUUCUUAUACGGACGGUGGUUAUUCCGCUGCAACUAGUGAAAUUGAUCAACUUGAUGUAGUUCAUCGUCUUCGCGAAGAAGUUGAACAACUAAAGGAAGAACAACGUCGUGCCCUUGACCUUCUUUCCAAGAAUGCAAUUGACUCCAAGAGUGAAGAAAUUAUGAAAAUUGAAUCAAGCAUUGUAGAACUUAAAGCUGAGAUGUCACGUGCAGUUUCAGAAAGGGAUCAAAAGGAAAUUGAUGGUGUUUCUAAAUUACAAUCUCGAGUAAAAGAUUUAGAAGAACAACUUAUCGUCGCCCAAGAAGCUCAAAGACAAGCUCGUGUAAACGAAGCCGUGUCACGGUUGGAAGGAUUUUCUGCUUUUAAUUCAACCCCAGAAACUUUGGAACUCACUCAACAAGUUGAUAAACUUCAAGGUGAAAUUGAAGCUAAAAGUCAUACUAUUGCUGCCAUUCUUUUCCCUUCAAUCGAACAUCAGAAUACCAUUCAAAAACUUGAAGAAGAACUUCAAGAGGCUAGAGACACCUAUCGAUUCGUUUUCGAAGGGAAAAAUAGUAAAUUAACUACAAUAUCUGAAGAAGCCGAAGAUGAAUAUAAUUCCAAUGAAUCAACUGACAAACAUAUUUUAGAUUUGGAAGAAAAGAUCAAAGAACUUGAAAAUCAACUCACAAAGGCAAAAGAAGCUCAACACGUUCCAACUCCACGUCAUUCUAUUAGCGAAUACGUAGAUCCUACAGACAAAACUGUCGAUGGUCUUCAAACAAAACUCGAAAGUUUGCAACAAGAACUUGCUAAUAAAUCUGAGACAAUUGAAAAUUUAAGAGAAGAACAAGAGAUGGUGGUUGCACUUCAAGACCAACUUGAAAUACUUAAGGUGGAAAUUAAUCAUAAAAAUGAGUUGAUCGAUAUAUUGAAACGAGAUCUUGUCGAUAAAUCAUCACUUCAACAGAGAUUACGAGAAAAAGAGGCUGAAGCCUUAGCUUUCCGAACAAAGCUUAUGGAAGUUCAUAAACAAGAAGAGGUUUUAGAGAAUGAAAUGAAAGAACUCAAGAAUCGAAUUUACAAAUUGGAAAAUGGAACUGAUGUUAACAAAGUUCUCCAAUCUGAAUUGGAAACUUUAAGAAAUGAACUUAAAGAAGUUCGAGGCAGAGAAGCUAUAGCACUUGAUCGGCUUCGCGUUCUUAAAGCUAGAUUGGGAUCUGAUAAUGAAGAAUCUCAUUUACACGAACAAUUAGAGCAUUUGAAAAGCAUUGAAAUUUCUCAAAGAGAGAGGAUCAUGAUCCUGGAAAGUAAGCUUGCAGAAAAAGGAGGAAUAAUAGAUGAAGACCUCGUGAAAAUUAGAACUGAAUUAACCAUAGCAAAGAAAUCCGAAGCUGAACAAAACGAAACAAUUGAAACAUUGGAACUUCAAUUAAAGAGUGCGGAAGAAAAUUCUCAAGUCGCUGCACUUCAACGUGAACUCUCAGAAUUAAACCUUAAAGAGGCUGAACAGCAAAAGAAAAUUCAAGAUCUAGAAAGCAAAUAUAAAGCUCAAUCAAAUAAGGACUUGCAACAAGUUAAACAAUUGAAAGAAGAACUCGAAAAUAUGCGUAAUAAUGAACGUGAACAACGUAAAAAAAUUGAUACUCUUGAAAUUCGACUGGAACUUGUUAAAGAUGAAAAUCCAGACAUUGCAAAUUUAAGAGAUCAAAUUGCUGGAUUGAAAGGUUCCGAAGCAGAUCUUCGCAGGACGGUUUAUGACUUGGAAUCCAAAUACGCAUCGGCUCAAAAAGAAGUUAAAAUUUUUGAAACAGUAAAGGAAGAAGUUGUUCUUUUGAAACAAUUGGAAAUUGAGCAAAAGUCAACAAUCGAACAAUUACAAUCUCAAUUGAAAAAAAUUAGAUCAUCCAAAGAAGCAGCUAUUAGAGAACUUCAAACUAUGAAAGGAGGGUUUAGUUUACAAAAAGAACUUGUAGUCUCCCUUGAAGAAGAAUUAAGAAAUUUAAGACUUGAAUUUGCUUCAGCUAAAGAGAAUACGUCUACAUCUUCCGAGGAACUUGACGAAAUUUCAAGGCUAUUAAGUGACACUCAAAAAGCACGUGAUGAUGCGCAAAGGAGAGUUAAAACUUUAGAAAUUGAACUUGAAACUUAUAAGAUUGCUGGAGUCGGUGGAAAAGAAAAUGUUGGCGCUUUAAGAGAAGAAUUAGCAAACACAAAACUUGAAAUGUUGGCUCAAACAGAAAUGAUAAAUGAAUUAGAAACUCAAAUGGGGGUUAUCGACAAGGAACGUGACCAACACCUGAAACGUGUUAAUGAGUUAAUGAAUGUUCUUGAAGAAAGAGAAACUUAUCAAAAAGAUGCUAUCGGAGAACUUGAAUCUACUUUAAUUACUUUAGAAUCCGAACUUUCUCUUGCAAAAAAUUCUUCAAAUUUGAAUAAGGAAACCAUAAAUAGCCUUGAAGAAAAUCUUUCUGUGGUAAGAUCACAGCUCAAAGAAGCUAAAGAGUCCAAAGAAAAACAAACAAAUGUUAUUUCCGAGUUAGAAAGUAAAUUACAAGAAGUUAUGAAUAUAAUUUUGGAAAAAGAAGAAGGAAUAAAUAACCAAGAUACAAUCAUAGCUGAAUUGGAAGAAUUAAUACAAAAAACUCAGAAUGAGCUUCAAACUUCUAAGAAAUUUGAACAUGACCUUACUGUAGCUUCAACGACUACUGAAAUCGAAUCAUAUAAAGAGGAAAUUAGUAGGAUCAAAUCAUCAGAGGCGAAACAAAAUCAAAAAGUUAAAAGUUUAGAGCUUAAGCUUCGUGAAAUGAAAGAUCGUCGUAAUGAAGAAAUGCACCGAUUAAAGGAGGCUAACAAUGAAAUCGUUUUGCUUCAAGAAAAAUGUUCACAAUUACAAAACGAACUUGAUGAAAUAAAUCAUCAUUCAUUUAUUGAGAAAUAUGAAAAGAUUGACGAUAAGAUGAUCGAAGAACUUACCAACCAACUCAGAAAAACUCAUGAAGAAGUAAUUAUUAAUCGGGAACGAAUUUCUGAGUUAGAAAAGACUGCUCAACAACUUGAAGCCGAUAAAUUGGUUCAAUUCGAGAGAAAUGAAGACUUAGAAGACGAAGUUGAUAAACUUCAAAAGGAUCUGGAAACAUUAGCUGAAGAAUUCAAUGAUGCUGCUUCAAAGUUUGAAGAUGCGGAUGAAUUAUCAAGACAACAAAAAGGUCGUAUUAUUGAAUUGGAAUCUGCUCUUGAAGAAGCCAAAAAUUAUGAUUACUUUACACCUCGAGAUUCAGUUAUUACAAAUUCAGCAUUAUCAAAACUAGCAACUGCAAACGAACACUUGCGUCAAACCAAUGAUGAACUUAAUAAAAAGAUCGCCGAAGCGGAAUAUACAACGCUCAUGCUAACUAAUAAAGUUAAAUCUUUGGAAAAAGAAUCUCGCCUCAAUUCAAGUUAUGGAGAAGAAAUAAAAAGAUUAGAGGAAAAUAUAAGAGAUCUUGAAUUUGAAAAAGAAGGUUUAGAAGAAAGUAAUGAAUCAUUCUUCAAAGAACGUAAUAAACUAGAUCAGAAAAUUGAAUCCUUAAUUCUACAACUACGUUCAGUAGGAACCGGUGGAAAUAAAACGGCAGGUCAAAUUGCCCAAUUAAAUGAACAAAUUUUACGACUUGAGAGAGAGCUUUUCGAUUUGAAACAAAAUUCAAGAGCAGAAUCCAAAGAAAUGGAGAAAGAAAUUGCUCAUUUGUUAAGAGUGAAUGAAAUGCUCAAAAAAGAAAUUAAAGAGAAUGAUGAUGGCUCUAAAAGUUUAAAUGGAUAUAACAGUCCACCAUUAACAAGUCCACGCGAAAGUUUAAGUAGCGUAAGUUCACGUUCGGGCGUUGAUAGUUCAGUACAUGCCAAACUUUCACGACAAGAAAGUACAAUUGCACAACAACAUAGUCUUAUAAAAACGCUUAAAGAAAAGAUCAUAGAACUUGAAAAAGCACCAUUUGAUAACGAACCAGGAAACAGAAAUUCAGCAUCAUCAUCCACUUCCAACUCAUCAGAAAUGAAAAGGAGUAUGCGUUCUAUGGCCGGAAAUCGCCCCUGUACACCACCAGCAACGCCUGGUUUGCCUAUGGGAUAUUCACCACGUACACCACUAAUACCACGACCUGAUUCUGUUUUAUCAAGGAAAGGUUCUGACUCAAGUAAUUAUCAUUCAGAGCUUGCGACAGAAAUCCAAAAAUUACACAAGAAAAUUUCUCAUAUGGAGGGCGAAAAUAUGGAAAAUCGACAACUUGUUGAAACUUUGGAGUCUUCUCUUAAUGAUAAUGAAACAAAUCUUCGUGUAGCAAAACAACAAUUGACAAUAUUACAAAAAGAAAAACAAGAAUAUGUUGAACAAAUCAAGAAUUUGAAAGUGAAUUUAGAUGAAGCUCAGUUACAAGUAGAGCAAACUAGGUCAACUGUACAGGAGGAGAAGAGGGCGAUGGAUAAUAUGUUGGAGGAAGAACGUAAGGCGAAAGAAAGAGCCGAAAAAGCACGUUUAGAUCUUGAAAGCCAGAUGGAACAACUCAUGGCUAAGAAGAGCAAGUUUAUGUGUUUCUAA